AGGACUUGGCCCCAUCUUACUGAGUAGUACGACUGGGCCGGUGCUAUUCUGAGCUGCAUGUAUGAUGAUAUGUGCGAUCUGAGUCGAGGCCACUGUAAGCUCAGCGGGACCUACUAUUUCCGGGAGACUUGGGCUUUUGAGUAUUUUCCCUACAUCCGCCCUGAGCUGUCCCGCACUGAUCUUGGGCUAGGGUUGGUACCUUUGGCUUGGAAAUGGUACCGAGCUAAUCACCAGUCUGUUUUACGCCAAAAGUCUUUAGGGGAUUUGCGGAGCUUCUUCGAUACUUGUACCAUAGAGCAGGCUGAGGUAGGGGCGAUGAAUACCCGACUCCAACGUUGGAUUGAGGCUGAUCCCCAGGAACCAAUGAAAAAUGUUUAUGUGAUUUCCGACUUGCCGCCCGGGUGA